GGCGCGGGGACCUGUGGGCGGUCGCUUCGUCUGCUGCCGCCGCCCUCCCUCCGCCACAAUGCCGGGGAUCGACAAGCUGCCCAUCGAGGAGACGCUGGAGGACAGCCCGCAGACCAGGUCUUUACUGGGUGUAUUUGAAGAAGAUGCUGCAGCUAUUUCCAACUAUAUGAACCAACUGUAUCAAGCUAUGCAUCGGAUUUAUGAUGCACAGAAUGAAUUAAGUGCAGCAACACACCUGACUUCAAAACUUUUAAAAGAAUAUGAAAAACAGCGUUUUCCACUGGGGGGUGAUGAUGAAGUUAUGAACUCCACUUUACAACAGUUUUCAAAAGUUAUAGAUGAACUUAGCUCUUGUCAUGCGGUACUUUCAACUCAACUUGCUGAUGCCAUGAUGUUCCCCAUUACCCAGUUUAAAGAAAGAGAUCUGAAAGAAAUAUUAACAUUAAAGGAAGUGUUUCAGAUUGCCAGUAAUGAUCAUGAUGCUGCAAUUAGCAGAUAUAGCCGAUUGUCAAAAAAAAGAGAAAACGACAAGGUGAAAUAUGAAGUAACAGAAGAUGUGUACACUUCCAGAAAGAAACAACACCAGACCAUGAUGCAUUAUUUUUGUGCAUUAAAUACUCUUCAGUACAAGAAAAAGAUAGCAUUGUUAGAACCUCUACUUGGGUACAUGCAAGCUCAGAUAAAUUUCUUUAAGAUGGGUUCUGAAAAUCUCAGUGAACAACUGGAAGAAUUUUUAGCUAAUAUUGGGACAAGUGUGCAGAAUGUUCGCAGGGAAAUGGACAGUGAUGUAGAGACCAUGCAACAGACAAUAGAGGAUUUGGAAGUAGCCAGUGACCCCUUAUAUGUGCCUGACCCAGACCUCACCAAAUUUCCUGUUAAUCGAAACUUAACCCGAAAGGCUGGAUACCUUAAUGCUAGAAAUAAAACAGGCUUGGUGUCAUCUACCUGGGACAGACAGUUUUACUUCACGCAGGGUGGAAAUUUAAUGAGUCAAGCCCGUGGGGAUGUAGCAGGAGGCCUGGCCAUGGACAUAGACAACUGUUCAGUGAUGGCUGUGGACUGUGAAGACAGGCGAUACUGUUUUCAGAUCACUUCUUUUGAUGGAAAAAAAUCUUCAAUUUUACAAGCAGAGAGUAAAAAAGACCAUGAAGAGUGGAUCUGUACAAUAAACAACAUAUCUAAACAAAUAUACUUAAGUGAAAAUCCAGAGGAAAUUGCUGCACGAGUAAAUCAGUCUGCUCUGGAAGCUGUCACUCCUUCCCCAUCUUUCCAGCAGAGGCAUGAAAGCCUACGGCCAGCAGGACAAUCUCGGCCAUCAACAGCUCGAACCAGCAGUUUGGGAUCCUUAGGAUCUGAGUCCACAAAUUUGGCUGCCCUCUCUCUAGAUUCUCUUGUUGCCCCAGACACUCCAAUACAGUUCGACAUAAUUUCUCCUGUGUGUGAAGAUCAGCCUGGCCAAGCAAAAGCCUCUGGCCAGGGAGGCAGGCGUACAAAUCCAUUUGGAGAAUCUGGAGGAAGUACAAAAUCUGAAACCGAAGAUUCUAUUCUUCAUCAGUUAUUUAUUGUUCGAUUCCUUGGUUCUAUGGAGGUGAAAUCAGAUGACCAUCCAGAUGUUGUUUAUGAAACAAUGCGCCAGAUCUUAGCUGCCCGGGCCAUCCAUAACAUCUUUCGUAUGACAGAAUCACAUUUAUUAGUGACUUGUGACUGUUUAAAGUUAAUUGAUCCACAAACACAAGUUACAAGGCUCACGUUUCCAUUACCCUGUGUAGUUUUGUAUGCUACACACCAGGAAAAUAAGCGGCUUUUUGGAUUUGUUCUUCGGACAUCAGGAGGGAGAAGUGAAAGUAAUCUGUCAUCAGUCUGUUAUAUAUUUGAAUCAAACAACGAGGGGGAAAAGAUUUGUGAUUCUGUUGGACUGGCAAAACAGAUAGCUUUACAUGCCGAACUGGAUCGUAGGGCAUCAGAAAAACAAAAAGAAAGAGAGAGAGUGAAAGAGAAGCAACAGAAAGAACUCAGUAAGCAAAAACAAAUUGAAAAGGACUUGGAAGAACAAAGUCGGUUGAUAGCUGCUUCCAGUAGACCAAACCAAGCCAGUAGUGAGGGGCAGUUUGUUGUCCUUAGCAGUAGCCAGUCGGAAGAGAGUGAUUUGGGAGAAGAAGGAAAGAAGAGAGAGUCAGAAGCAUAAACUUAUCCUUGCUUUUUGAUUGAAUUUCCCCCCUUGGAAUUUGACAAUUUCUGUGGUGAAAUGGUACAAGGUAACAACUAUGUUGAAAUAUCAAGGAGGAGACUAAGCUUUAUAUUUGCCGGUUUGUUUUAGCUUCAUUUAAAAAAAUAAGAUUGAACUUGCUGACUUAGGUUUGCAUUGAUUUUUUUUCCUUAAAAAUCAAUAUAUUAUGCAUUAAUAUUAAAUUCCACAUGUCUAAAAGAAACCUGCUCAUCUCCCCGAAGUAGAGUGCUGAGGAAGUACUUGCUCAAGCAUUUUUUCCUUCAAAUUGUGAAAUUUUUAUCUUGCAUUGUAAUUGGUUAUGACCGUAAGAAAUCAUUUGUUCUUUAGGUUCAAAUAUUCAUGGAUAUGCUCCCUCUCUUUCUUUAGGAACAUUUUGCUUGUAAUGAGGAAGCAUUCAACUGAAUAAGUUCAAAACCCUUUAUACAGAGAAUUCUACAAGUUUGCAGAUAUUUUAACAAUAUUAUAUGUGCAAUAGAACUUUUAUUUAAAAAAUUAGAACAGAGAUUUUAGACUUAAGGUUUCAAAUUAUGGCAGGUGGUACUGUUGAUUUCAGGGCACUUUCUUGGAUUGCUCACACUUCUCUGAUGUACUACACCUGAGGCCGUAGGAAAACGCUUAAGUGUGUUCGGAAGAUUGAUACAGCCCUUGGCAUUUAAUUAUCUCAUUCUUAGUUCUCAGGUUGGGAUUUCAGUUAUUGCUACAGAGCAGUAAUGGUUAAAAUAAGAUUUUGGAAUGUAUUAAAAGAUUCUUUUUUGUUCAAGUACAUUUUAGAUUAGGAUUGACAUGUAAAGAUAUUGUUAACAGGAUGAUAAAUUGUAUUUUCUGCAUUGUGUGAAAUAAUUUUUAUUGAAAAGGGACAUUUCAAAAGAAGUUGUAUAACAAUUGUUUCCUGCUUAAAGUAAAAAUUCCCAGAGUUUAAUUUAGUAAAUGUAAUCUUUUAAAUUUCAGACUGAUAUUCCUGGUAUUUUCAUAGUCCCAUGUUUUGAUAAAAUACUGAAUCACCACUUUAUAUCCACAAAGACAAAUAACUAAUGUAUAAGAAUAAAAUAAUUUGCACUAAUUAUUGUAAAUACUUUUACUCUUCAAAUGAGUAAAGGGUCUAAUUCCAUGAAAGACUGAAAAAAGAUUCAAUGCCUGGUAUAGUAUGGGAGAAGUUAACCAAGGAAGGAUUUUAGCCUGGUGCCAGGGUUCAAAUGACAUUUCUCUAUUGCCUAUCUUGUAUGUCAAACCUUGAUUUCUUUAAUCAAAUUUUUAACAUUGCUUAUAGAAAUUAUGUUCAUGUGUUUCACAUGAAAAAGUAUAUAUACACAAGUUAAAUAUAUUGAGUAAAAUGUUUUACAUAGUUAUACAUUUACAGAUUUUCAAAAGGUUAACCACUAAGACUAAUUUCAUAAGGGAAAGCCUUUUGUUUUUUGAUAUAGUUUUUUCUUCUUAGUUUUGAACUAGAAAUGGCAUUUGUUUUUGUUGACAAAAUAUAGCGCAGCUGUUUCACUGCUAUGUUGUUUUCUGUAGGAGUAGGGUAGAUAAUUAGAAUCAUGAUUUUUUUAUCCAUGUGCCAAAUGGGAGUAAUGAUUAUUUAAUACUUGUUGAAGCCUUAUGUUACCAAAACAUACAGUAAAAAAGUAGGAUUUUAUGGAAUACUUUCUGAUAAAAAGUUUUUGUGUUUACCAAGGGGAAUGCUUUCUUUAUAGUGUAUCAUUCCUUUUGUUAAAAUUGAAAUUUCUUCUGUGGUCAGCACUUGAUUAGUCAUGGCAAGUCCUGCUUUUAAGACCUUUUUGAGAUAAGUAGGCUUUCAGUAAGUCUUCUGUUUAUACUACAGAUUGUCACCUCUCUUAGUUUAGAUGAAAUCUGUCACCCUACAGGGAAGGUGGUCAUCAUUAGGAGGCAGUUUUACUAAGCUGGUGCUGUGCAUGUAGCAAACUGUUGCACUUUGCACUCUGGGUCAAAGUGUGGGCUAGAGUUAUUCAUGGUACUGGCAGACCUAGUGAUGCUCAACAGAUAUGUUUCUUUUAAGUCAUGUUUUCACAGGAAUUUCCACAAUAAUAUACCCAUGUCCAUAGGUCAGACCAAAAUGCAUUCCAAUGCCAAAUAGAAGUCAUGAGUGGAUUUAACAAUUUUAGAUGAUUCAAUUUCUGUUCCAUUACUGUUGAACUAUGUGAACUAUUCCAUUACUGCAGAUAUUUAAGCAUCAACCUUAAUAAGCUCUCUUUUUAAUUAAGGUUGCCCAUGUGUUUGUGCCUAAUGUUAAAGCUGAUCUUGUUCUGGUAUCCUCCUUUGAAAUCCCUUCUAGCUCUGGGAUGCUUUGAUGGUGAUUGGAUUAGAGUUUGAGAUAUUUUUCAGAUUCAAAUUUAUACUUAAUGGUUUUUAGAAAUUAACAAAAACUGCUUUUUUGAAAGGAAAGAAAUUAAGCCUACCUAAUUCUGCUGUGCAUUCUGUUACCUACAAGAACAGUACUUUUUUAACUAUGGUAAUGAAGUCAGUAGAUGGGAAACCAGUUAUUCCUUCCGUCCUUUAAAAUUUUGAAAACUUUCUAUUAAGGGACUGAAACUGUUACCUUGAACAGAGUCCUCAAAGCUAGUCUGGUUUUUGCCAUGUCUGCAAUGAUUACUUCAUGUUUAAUUUCAAAAGAAUUCUCAGGCUUCACAAUCUAGGGAAGGUAAAUUUGUUUCCAUUAUGCUUGGGAGAGAGUAGGGUGUGCAUAACAUCUAGGUAACAUAUAACCUUAGAGGUAAAGGUAUCUGAGUGAAUUUUGAGUGACAUCUAUGAACCACAAUAUUUAAAAUUUGGAUACCAUUACAAGUGCUGACAAGACCUAAGAGCUAAUACAUUGCAAAACCUUCUGCCACCUGAAUAAAAUGAAAACAUUAAUGUCAGUUUAGACGACAACCUCCUAGCAUUCAGAUUGUACUUUAAAUAUUUAAACACACCAAUUGUAGCACACAAAUCCUUCCUUUUAUUUUUAUCAAGUUUGGUUUACUCUUUUCAUGAAAUUUUGUUCUUCCACAUUAAUUAGUACAUAAAGAUUUAGUUCAUAAAUAAUAAUACAUAAAGUGGAAUCAUGUUAUACUUUUUAACCAAUCUUUUGUGGCUGCAUUCAUAUGUAAUUUACUUCAGUUAAUAUGAGAACUGGGGAUUAAGUUAUAACUAAUGUGCAAAAUUUCUUUGUAUAUUUAGUGAUUUCGUAAUGUAAGUGAAUUUGUUAAUUCUUGUUUCGCUGAUACUAUCAAUCAUGCAGCAUACAAUUAAAAUUCAGCAACAUUUCCCUUUAGAAUUGUAUUUGAAGAACUCAACUUUAUGUGAUCAUGGUAUACGUGUGGGGUGGAGAACUUAUUUUUUCAUUUUGUCAAAAUAGGUAUUUGCUGACAAAGCUUCAGGAAGUAUGUU